AUGUUGCGGCCCCGCCGCCCUUCGCUGCGGCCCCGCUGCCCGUCUCAGCGGCCCCGCCACCCGUCUCAGCGGCCCUGCCGCCUGUCUCAGCGGCCCCGCCGCCCUUCGCUGCGGCCCUGCCGCCUCUCUCCGGCCCCGCCGCCCUUCACCAGCGGCCCUGCCGCCCCUUCACUGCGGCCCCGCCACCCCUUUCACCAGCGGCCCUGCCGCCCUACACCGCCUGCGCUGCCCGAGCCGCCCGAGCCGUCCGAGCCGCCCGACCUGCCCGAGCCACCCAAGUCGCCCGAGCCGCCCGACUCGCCCGAGCCGCCCAAGCCGCCCACCCAGCCCGAGCCGCCCAAGCCGCCUGAGCCGCCCGAGCCACCCGAGCAGCCCGAGCCGCCUGAGGAGCCGAGCCGCUGGUGCCACGGAGCCGCAGUUGCUGCUGCGCCGUCCGAGCAGCCGUGUUGCCGUGUUGCUGUACUGCUGAGCUGCCCGAACCGCCCUGUCUGGGCAGACGGUCUCUCCCUCUUUGACCUCACCUCUGGCGCCUCUCCUGCCCCUGCUGCUGACGCUGACGCCACUCUUCGCUCCCAGUGGGCCACACGCGAUGCUGCUGCACGUCUUGCUGUGCGUCGCAACCUGCCUACCACUGAGCGCGCGCACUUUAGUCAGUACAAGAGUGCUCAGACCUUGGGUGUUCCUUUUCCCCCUUGUUGCCCUCUGUCGCCUCUGCUACUGCGGCCGACCUCGUUGGUCUUGAGUCGGUCGGUGCGGCGUCUGCCCCUAGCGAGAGACGCCGCUCUGGCAAGGGCAAGGGGGGCAAGGGCGCGGGUGGAGCUAGCGGGGGUGGUGGAGGUGGCGGUGGAGGCGGCCGAGGGAGUGGGGGUGGCGGUGGGAGUGGUGGCGGGGGUGGAGGUGGCGGUGGCGGCAGCGGAGGCGGAGGCGGCGGAGGCGGUAGCGGUGGGAGCGGAGGCGGCGGAGGUGGCGGAGGUGGAGGCGGCGGUGGUGGAGGAGGUGGAGCUCGUCGGGGUGGUGCUUCACAGUGGAGCGGCUCCGGUGGUGGUCAGCGCCAGCAGCAGCAGUAGCAGCAGCGUUCUCGGGACAUCCCCCCUCCUCAGCAGCUCCGUGAGUGGUACACGCAGCGUCAGCGUGGGUGGGGGUUUUGGUCCGUGCACCUACGUCCUUUGCUCCAGCGACCGCGCGGGUGAGCAGUGUGGGGGUGCCCACCCCACCCAGCGCUGCUUUGGCCGCCUGACGGACGCUUGGCGUCAGCACUUCUCGGAGGCUAGUGAGAUCCCCCACUGGGGAGAGCUGUCUAGGGCAGGUGUGGCUAUCUAUGAUCUUGUCUUUGAUGCUAUCCUUGCUACCAUAUAUGCUGUGACUAUUAGUGAUGAGGGUGACUGUUACCAGUGUUUCCCGCCCGACCCGGGCAUUGGUACUGCUGCGCUAGGUGCUAGUGAGGCUGCUGCUCUAGGUGCCAGCGCGUCUGCGCCCUCAGGUACUGGUGAGGCUGCGCUCUCACGUACUGCGUCGGCUUCGGCCUCCCUCACCUUCACACUUGACUCAGGGGCUUCUCGCUCCUUCUUUCGAGACCGCACCACACUCACGCCGCUUGGUCGGCCGGUUGCAGUCCCCCUCGUAGACCCCUCUGGGGGUCCUGUCCUCUCUCACUUCUCUACUGUCCUCCCGUGUCCGGCUGCCCCCCUUGGCACCUUGUCUGGUCUUUACCUCCCCUUGUUCUCGACGAACUUGGUGAGUGGUGCUGACCUGCAGGAUGCGGGGGUUCACCUGUUUACUCCUGCGAGUCAGCAGGUGACCCACUGCUCGGACGCCCGCACAGGCCGACACUCGGCCACGUUUUCGCGUCGGCCGGGGUCGAGCCUCUACACCCUGACCACUGAGUCUCCUCUUGUCCCUGCGUCUGGCCAGGUAGCUGGUCGAGUCAGGUGUUUGUUGCAGCGUCCAGGGCCUGGUCCUUACUGCACGCUUCAAAUGGACGUGUGGGGCCCGGCCCGCGUCCAUGGACAGGGUCACGAGCGCUACUUCCUACUGGUGGUUGACGACUACUCGCGUUACACCACAUUCUUCCCCUUGCGCAGCAAGGGUGGUGUCACUGAGGUGUUGAUCGUUUGGAUCCGCGCAGCUCGAUUCCAGCUCAGGAGGAGCUUCGGCUCGGACUUUCCUAUUCUGCGUCUGCACUCUGACCGAGGCGGAGAGGUCUCCUCUGGCCUUCCUUCUACCACCCCACCACUCGUCGUGUUCUAUCCUCCCAGGACGUCACGUUCGACGAGUGUGUCCCAGGUAGACGCGGUCGAGCCGGUCGAGGUUGGUAGUGACUCUGGUACUGCUGCGGGUGCUGAGCCUGGGGGUGCUGACUCGGGACGUGCUGCGCGCGUGGGUGCUAAGCUUGGGGUUGCUGAGUCUAGGGGUGUUGCGACUGGGGGUGCUGAGCCUGGGGGUGCUACGACUGGGGGUGCUGAGCGUGGCGGUACUGCGACUGGGGGUGCUGAGCCCGGGGGUGCUACGACUAAGGGUGCUGAGCGUGGGGGUCCUUCGCCUGGGGGUGCUGCGUCUAAAGCUGCUGCGACUGGGGGUGCGAAGCCAGGAGCCGCUAAACCUGCUCGUGUGGCGUCUGGCGGUGCUGGGCCUGGCGGUUCUCGUGGCGUACUGCUGGAGCUGGAGCUUCUUCCGCCGUUGUGGGUGCGGGUGCCGCUGGUCCUGGAGGUGCUCGUCCGACUGGAGUUGGAGCUGCUGAGGGUGUUCGCGCUGAGGCUACUGCUUUCCGUCAUGACGGCGGUCCCGCUGCGGGUGCUGCUAGAGCUGCUGGAGGUACUGCAGCUGGAGGUGCUGUUAGUGCUGGUGCUGCCAGAGGUGUUGAGGGUGCUGGAGGUGCUGAGGUUGCUGGUGCUGUCCCUGCUGUGGCUGGCAUCCCUGCGCGGCCUCAGCCGUACUUCGUUCCGCUCCUUCGGCAGGUUCUUAGUCUUCCUCCUCGCUUAG